UGCAUCCCUUCAGCGACCACCCCUGAGCAGAAACCCAGGUUCCAGGGCCCGUUUGGAGCUGAGGAAGAGUUGCAGUGCCAGAGCCCACACGCAGACUGCUGGAGGAACCUCAUCAUGGAGAUCCCUUGUUCCUGGUGGCCAGAUCUUGUCUGGGAUGGUUUUGGUGUGGCAGCUUUGUAAAGGUUCAUGUGCAAGUCUGACACAGAGGACUGGAAUUUGCAGCUCUGGAAACCAAAACUGUGCAAGGAUUCCUGCCCUCCCCUGCCUGGCGAGCACAAGAGAGAAAGGAGGAAGAUGGACGGAAAUCCCAACAACACAAUCCAUGGCUGGCAUACAGUGUCCCCAGCACCUACAGAGAGCCUGGUCUAUGAGGAUGAACACAACGGGACCCAGUGCUUUGCAGAACACGUCCCUGAACUCGUCACCGGGAGCAUCACGCUGCUCAUCUGCCUAUGUGGGCUGGUGGGGAAUGGGGCCAUCCUCUGGCUCCUUGGCUUCCGCAUCAGGAGAAGCCCCUUCACUGCCUACCUCCUGAACUUGGCCGUGGCUGACUUCUGCUUUCUCCUCUUCACAUCAGCUUUCCUUGUGGUUUAUCAUAUGCCCAUGCUCAGCUGCUCCCAGCCAGCGCUCCUGCAGGUGCUGCCGCUAUUUCACUCCAUGGUUCUGCUCACGUACAGCACCAGCCUCUACCUCCUCACUGCCAUCAGUGUGGAGAGGUGUAUGGGUGUCCUCUGGCCCUUCUGGUGCCGAGGCCACCGCCCGGAGCUCCUAUCUGCUGCCAUGUGUAUCCUGCUGUGGGCCCUCUCCUGUGUGCUUGCAGGGCUGGUGUACUUUGUGUGUGACCUGGAUCAUUCCCAACACUGUGGGAUGGUUCUUGGACUCUUGUGCUGCCUCAAUUUCUGCUUUUUCACUCCCUUUAUGGUCCUUUCCAAUGUGAUCCUCUUCAUCAAGCUCAGGCGCAGCUCUUGGCAGCACCACCCAGCUAGGCUGUACACUGUCAUCUUCCUCACCGUUCUCUUCUUCCUCCUCUUCGGCAUCCCUCUCAGUGUCCAGAUCUUCCUCAACUUCUUUGUCUACAUUAACUUUGUCUUUGAGAUCUGCCUGUUGCUGGCCUCUUUCAACAGUGGCAUCAACCCCGUUAUUUAUGUCCUGGUUGGGAGCUAUGGGAAGUUCACAUUCAGGGGAUCCGUCAAAGUGGCUCUUCAGAGGGUCUUUGAAGAUAGGGCAGAUUCCCAAGAGGUGGGUGAGACCCCUGUGAUGGAAAUUGUUGCCUAAACCCCUAUGGCUGCAGGCUGGAGAGGAGUGGCCGUGCCUUUGCACCCCAUGUCAGCACCCAUGGCCUGGCUGGGUGAGCAGGACCAGCAGUUGACAGUUGUGUCCCCCAGGACAUGGCCAUGGUCAAUGAUGUUUCCAGGGGCAGGGCUAGUUCCCAGCUCGAGCUUGUUUUUAAGUUAUUUAAAUAAAGGUGUCUUUCAUGUAA